AUGGUAGAACUAUCGACAUUUAUAGCCCUAGGAAGAGCCUGAGUUGACUCCUUUUUUUAUCGUAGAAAGAAGCAAGCACAAGCAGAAAAGCAACUUUAAUUUUGGUGACCACCGAAUGAAUUUCUUGGAAGACCUAUUUUUACUUGCGCUUGAUCCUAUGGGUUUUGACUCCCACGAACUGACGCUAUUGCUAUUGCGAUCACUCACAGGCUCUCGCAAGACUGCAAAAGUUCAAGAAAGACUUGAAAGACAUGCUAAUGGAAAAAGUGGAGAGCAAAUGUCAGACAAGAAUGGAUGUGGUUAUGACACCGGAAGAGUUUGACUUCGUUUUUGCGGAUUGUCUGCGCAACGUCAGCUCUCACCGGACUUCGACCCUGGUCACCUUCAGGACAGGCAGAGAAGUGGAGAACAACGUGAGUGUUACGGCCGCGGUUUUGGAUCUGGAGAAUGCAGCAGAGGUGAGGACUGUCUUCGGUAGUACAAAUGUGAAAAAAAACGUGGGACCUAGCUCGGCUAGUUGUUUCUCCACGGACUCCUGGCAUAUCACGUCCAUGGCCGUGACACGGGAGCGCGAGUAUGACUCAAAAGUCUCGCUUAGAUGGACGCUCAGCGCUAGCUCAUUUGAAUAUAUUUGAUGUGUCCCUCGUGACACUACACCCCUGCCCGUCCCCUUUCCUUAUUUCAUCUGUAACGUCAUAGACAAGCACGAAAACAUGAGGAAAUGAUUUAUCACGCUGACAGACACGCAUACGCAACUAAUACGCCUGAAAAUGAAGAUGACCUGAUAGUGAUAGAUUUAACUUCUUUUGGUAUAAGUGACGCUGGAUUUGGUCAUACAUGCGGAUGAUGAGUCAGCGACUCCUGUGCUUCGUAUCCCACUAGGAAGCACCAGAAAAUGGGGGAUGGACUUGGGGAUUAUCGAACUCUCGUGUUCAUUCACAAGUACUCCGAGG